CCCCGCCCCUCCUUCCGUCCCUGGGUGACUGGUCUGUGCAGUCUGGCAGCAGAUCGGCGGAGAGAACGCGGCUGUGGCUGAUCCUAGACCCCCCAAGGCGGAUCACCAGGACCCCCCAACCACUCCACAGCACCCUCAGCCAACCCAUCAACCCAAAAAGGACCCCUGCCCCCCACCUUAACUCCAUUUAAACCCCCUCCCCCCUCUCCUAGACCACCCUCUACCCAUUGCUAUUUAUUGAUAGGAUUUGGGGGGGGGUCCCUGCAGAAAAUAAGAGGGGGGAGGGUGCAGCAGGCGUGGAUUUUACAUUCAUGAUUAUGGGCGACAAGAAGAGCCCGACCAGGCCAAAAAGGCAAGCUAAGCCAUCUGCGGACGAGGGCUACUGGGAUUGUAGUGUAUGCACUUUUAGGAACACAGCUGAAGCUUUCAAGUGCAGCAUUUGUGAUGUCCGGAAAGGAACCUCCACCAGGAAACCCAGGAUAAACUCCCAGUUAGUUGCCCAGCAAGUUGCUCAACAGUAUGCUACUCCACCACCACCAAAAAAGGAGAAGAAAGAAAAAAUAGAAAAGCCAGAAAAAGAGAAAACAGACAGAGAGAAAUGUGAUAAAGAAAAACCAGAAAAGGACAAACUGGAUAGAGAGAAAAUGGACAGAGAAAAAUUGGAUAAAGAAAAGUUGGAUAGAGAGAAGUUUGAUCGUGAAAUAUUUGAUCGAGAGAAACUUGAUCGGGAAAAGUUGGACAGGGAAAAAUUGGAUCGAGACAAGCUAGACCGGGAGAAACUGGAUAGAGAGAGAGUUGAUCGUGAGAAACUAGAUAGAGAAAGAGUGGACCGUGAAAGACUUGACAGAGAGAGAGUUGACCGAGAGAAAUUGGACAGAGAGAGAGUUGACCGGGAGAAAUUGGACAGAGACAGAGUUGACCGGGAGAAAUUGGACAGAGACAGAGUUGACCGGGAGAAAUUGGACAGAGACAGAGUUGACCGGGAGAAAUUGGACAGAGACAGAGUUGACCGGGAGAAAUUGGAGAGAGAAAGAGGUGACCGGGAGAAGCUGGAGAGGGAUAAACCAGAGAAAGAGAAAAUAGAAAAGGAGAAACCUGAAAAAGAACAGAAAACCGACAAAGAACGACAUGAAAAACAUGAAAAAACAGUGAGAGAUAUCACUGCAAGUGUUGUAAAAAAGACUGCUAAUAAAAAGACCAGACCAAAGUCAGACAUUCUAAGAGAUGCACCCAUUGAAGCCCACAGUAUUCAAUCUGGAAAUACAAUGACUAAGAUCAGCAAGUUUAAUCACACUUCAAGGCCCAGACUGAAAAAUGUAGACCGGAGCACUGCACAGCAGCUUGCAGUCACGGUGGGAAAUGUUACAGUAAUAAUCACAGACUUUAAAGAAAAGACUCGUUCCUCCUCUACGUCUUCAUCUACGGUGACGUCAAGUGCCGGCUCAGAACAACAGCAUCAGAGCAGCUCUGGCUCAGAAAGCACAGACAAGGGGUCUUCCCGUUCCUCGACCCCCAAGGGUGACAUGUCUGUUGUGAAUGACGAGUCUUUCUGAAGAAAAAACAAAUAUUGCACACAAAUUUGGUGGAAACUCUGAAACCGGGUCAGGAAUUCCCAGACACCCACUUGCCUGUGUUUGUUUGUAUUCCUGCGGCUUUUCUUUCAUUUGGUUUUUGUUGUUUGUGUUUGUUUUUUUAUUUUAUUUUU